AAAAAAUCUUUAUUUGGUCCCCUUUCUUUAAAACAAUGAAAAUCUUAAAUCAAUAGUCUUCCGUGAAUAAUUGCAUAACUAUGAGUAGUCCUCAAUGAUAAACCACAGCUGUAAAAUAAGUUAUAUUAUACAAUUAAUAUAUAUUUUUAUUAAUUUCAGUAAAACUUCCAUCUGUUGUGUUUUUUGAGGAAAAUAGGAAUAAAUUUGUGGAAUAUGUGAAGAAAAUUUCAGAAGAAAAACAAGUUUCCAUACAGUCUUUGAACCUUAACAGUCUUUUUGGUUGGUUUUUAAUUGGAAGAGAUCACUACAGCUCUGAAGUACCUGAAAAUCUUGCACUAUCUCAGUCAAAAUGGAACAUUUUAGUUUCUAUCCUGAUGUCAGAGAGUUACAGUUUAUCCUUAAAUACACAAAGGGAAGAAAUAUCAAGCAAACUUCAAAGUGCCUUCCCGGUAUUAAAGUAUGAUUCAAGAAUGUUGGAGAGUGAUAUCGUUGAAUUGACAGAUAUCGCUAAAGUAUUGAGUAAGGAAAACAACUCAGUCAGAUUUAUAUUAGAUGAUGUCCGUCAUCAGGUGAUGAGUUACUUUGUGAGGAAUUGUCUGAUAACUGAUGAGGACUACGAAAAUUAUAUCAAGUUGUCAUCAGUGGACUCGUUGUUAGAGUACGUACGGCCAUGGUGGUAUAUGGUACAUGAAGAAUUCACAGACCUCAAAAAAUAUCUGUUCCUACCGGAGGCUUUGGAGGAUUCAUUCUUUCACAGACUUGGAUUAGACGUUCUGCGUCACCCCAUGAUGGAUGAUAGGCAAUGUGAUUACGCUACAAAACUUACAUUCAGAGAAAAAGCGAAAGACAACUUUAACUUACCGGUGGAAAUAUUUGACUGGGAAUAUGACGCACGAUGUAGAUACAUAGAAUGUGCUAAACGGGGAACAAAGACAGUACAUAGAGCGCGUGCGAUGAUUGUUGGAUGCGCAGGUGCUGGGAAAACCACACUUCUAAAACGACUUGAAAAGCUGGGAUUAGAGGAAUUACUUAAGGUGCGCUCCACUGUUGGACUUGAGGUUCAUGAAGACAUGUUUGAGCUGGAUAAGGACUCUUGUUUAAGAGCAUUAUCAGACAGUACAAAUAAAGACGACAAGCAGAUUCUGAGUGUGGUAGACUUUGGAGGACAGUGUGCCUACUACGCCUGUCAUCAGGUUUAUCUCAGCAGAAGAGCUUUCUAUCUACUGGUGAUAGAUAUGUCAAAGUCUUUUACAGAAAAAGUUGACGAAAAUAAAUGUGAACAACAGGAGACAAUGUUUGCAGAUUGGACAUAUGGAGAAUAUGUUUUAUUUUGGCUGAAAUCUAUUCACACGUACUGUGCCGAGGACACAUCAGUCAUCACUGUAGCCACACACUGUGAACAUGUUACACAGAAGGAAAAAGACGGAUUUUAUGGACAGCUCUUGGAUUUGCUACCUACAGAUUCGAAUCUUAAGGAACAUUUAAACUAUGAGAGGUGUUUCUUUGUCAGCUUUCCUUGUGAGAAAGGUGAAGAUUUGAAAGUUUUAUCUGAAUUAGAAAACUGCAUUGCUUCUUUUGCCAAAGACAAGAGAUGGAAAGAAGAUAUUCCAAAAGAAUGGUCUAUAAUUGAACUGACUCUAAUCACAAUGAGACGUUCAGAAAAGACCUUUCCUAUCAAAGAUCUCAAAGAGAAAUACUGGAAGGCUAAGAAAGAUGAAAGUUUAAAAAUGGAGGAUGCACUAUGCUUUUUCCACGAUAUUGGAUUGAUUCUUCACUUUGAGGAGGAGAACCUUUCAAAUACCAUCAUAGCUGACGUCCAAUGGUUUGUUGAUACAUUUAAAUUUAUAAUAUCAGACAAAAAUCAUGUCCGGGACUUAGCAAAAACAGACAAAGACUGGCAGUACUUCCACAGGACAGGGUAUCUCAUGGACAAUUUUCUAAGUCGAAUUUGGGAGAGCUUAUCCAUAAAAUCACGGGAAAGACCGACCAUUUUGCAAUAUAUGCAAAGACUAGGCUUACUUGCGAUAGGGAAACUUAAGCAUUAUGUCCCUUGUAUGAAUAAAAGAGAUUUUGGAAGAAAUGAACGAAUUGCAUUACGAGGAAUGGAAACAAAAUCUUCCGUGUUAGUGCUUCAUUUUCACUUUUUGCCAUUCUUCUUUUACUGUCGAUUGAUAGUUGCUUGCAUCGUUGGAACAGAAUGGAAGGUGGUAGAGGAUGGGGGUAUACCAUGCUUGUAUAAAAACAUAGCAAUUUUUAUAUACAAAGACCACCUUAUUGCCUUGGUUGUAACUCAAAUUGCAAUUCAAGUCCAGAUUUUGAGACCACAAAACUCACCUAUUAAUGCCAAUAUUGCCGUAAAUAUAAAGGAUACUCUAGAAAAUAGACUUGGAUACUUAACAAGUGCAUUCCACAAAAAAGUCGCAUAUAGAGUUGCUUUUCAGUGUUCAGAUCAAGAUGUGCUGUGCGAUAAUGUAGGGUGCUACGUGUAUGAAGAUGAAAUAUCUAAGAAAGGUCAAAUACUAUGUCCAAGACAUGGAUUUACAAGGAAACACAUGAUAAACGAAGACGCUCUGACAAAAUUCUGGAAAAUUGAUACACCGUCUGUUUCCUGUACUAAAUCUGGGAAAGUUCCAUUGACAAACGACGAGAAGUUGAAAAAGCUUAUAGCACUUGGAAAAGAUGCUUUGCAGGUGUAUUUCGAUUCCAUUUUUCGAUCAGAGGAUUUACAAAAAUGUCUCAAAGAUAACAAGGAAUCCCUUAGUAAUGGGCCUUAUAGAUUCACGGCUAAAGAAGUUAGCAUUGUUUAUCCAGCUUCCCAGUCAGUUGUGCAGUCUUCUUCCUUUGAUAUACCCAUCAUGUACAAAUUAUUGAGGAAUUUCGGAAGCAACGUACCUCAACCGACUAAUGGUUGGGGAAAAGAGCCAAUCGUUGGACAAAAAACACAGGGUGACGACAUUGAAAGAAUUCGCAAGUACAGGAAUCAGCUUUGUCAUAAUCAUUUCGAUAAACAUAAUAUGGACGACAGCGAUUUUGUAUUUUAUAAGGAAGAACUGACACAGGCAAUAUUAAGACUCACAAAUGAUUCUUUUAAAAGCAGAAUUGACAGCAUUUGUCAAUAGACAACAAAGGCAAAGAAGCAACAAGACAGAAUAAAAGAUAAUACUGAGAGAGGAUAAGCAGGAACCAAACGACGAUUGAGAAAUUAACAUUUAAACAUUCCUGUUGAAGUUCUAUUGAUCUGGUCUUCCAUUAAAUUUUCUUUGUAUAAUUCAUGAU